UUUGCAGUGUCCUUAAGAGUCAAGGCUCAAGCAGAGUUCUGGGUUCUUGAAGGCUUACUAGAAGGCUUGAAGGCUGGGUUCAAUCGAUACUUCGAUUUCAGUUUUUGAUUUCAGAUUCUUGAAGGGUUGAAGGCUGGGUUCGAUUUCGGAUUUCUGGGUCAGUUGCUUGGUUACUCACUUUACUUACAGACUUGAGGGUUCGAUUUCGGAUUUGGAUUUCUGGUCUCAUCGUCAUAGCCAUGGUGGAGAAUUUCUUGACUGGAGGAGAAUUUCUUGGGGAAUUCAUGAAUUUGGAGGAGAAUUUCUUCCAGUAUUUCCAGGAAGAUGAAGAGCACACGACCUUCCCCAAGCUCCCUGUCCCUACUACUUCAACUUCAUUUGACGAUUUCACCCUUCAUCUGGUGGAGCAGCACAGAGAGACAUUGGAGGAGACCACCCAAAAUGGGUUCAGGCCUUGGAAGUGGAAAAGUCCAUUGAAUCCAAUUCCCAAGAGAAAAAAUGCUGGGGAUCCACUGAGGAAUGGAGGCUAUAAGCGUAAGAUCACGAAGUCCAACUAUCAUGAAAAAUAUUCUGUCAGAAACCAACUGCAACAUAUCCUGGCAAAUCUAGGACCUGAAUGUCCCUUCUUUUUGAAGUCUAUGAUACAUUGUAAUGUUGUCCAUGGCUUUAGUUUGGCACAACUUCUUACAGGUACAUUCACUGAUCCACCGGAGUAGAAAGACCAUGUCAAGCAGUAAAAAAGUCAAGAUAAGUUUCUGUAAUCUGUUGCCAGUUUUGGUAAUAUGCAAAUGUAUUGGACUAUUGGUAUGCUGCUGCCAGUUUUGGACUUUUGGUAGCAAAUGGACAAAUGGUUGUUGUCUUAUUGAGUUGUUGAAUAUGUCAUGGAACAUUUUAUCCAUAUUUUUACUAUUUUCAAACAUUUUUUCCAUAUUCUCUUCCGGUGGAUUGAAGUUGGCUGCGUUUGAGUGUUCGCAGCACGAGGUUU